GCAGAGGAGAGGAACUACCACAUCUUCUACUGCAUGCUGAUGGGGAUGACAGCAGAGCAGAAGAAGAUCCUGUCACUAGGGAACGCUUCUCAAUAUCUUUACCUGACCAUGGGUAACUGCACCAGCUGUGAGGGGCGGGAUGACGUAAAGGAGUACGCCCACUUCCGCUCCGCCAUGAAGAUCCUCAUGUUCUCUGAGAACGAUUGGUGGGAGAUCUCCAAGCUGCUGGCCGCCAUCCUUCACCUCGGCAACGUGGCCUUCGAAGCCACCAUCUCCAAUAACAUGGAAAGCUGUGAAAUCCUCUCCUCUUCUCAUUUCACUGUGGCCAGCAGUCUACUGGAGGUGGACCCCAGGGCCCUGGAGACGAGCCUCAUCCAGCGCUCCUUCAUGACCACCAAGGAGAGUGUCACCAAGCCCCUUACCUCCGCCCAGGCCCUCGACGGCAGGGACGCCUUCGUCAAAGCCAUCUACGGGAGGCUGUUCAUCUGGGUUGUUGACAAGAUCAACAGCGCAAUUUACAAGCCCCAACCCGAUGACGCCAACUACAUCCGUCAGUCCAUCGGCCUGCUCGACAUCUUCGGCUUUGAGAACUUCAAACACAACAGCUUCGAGCAGCUCUGCAUCAACUUCGCUAACGAGCAGCUGCAGCAGUUCUUCGUGAAGCACAUCUUCAAGCUGGAGCAGGAGGAGUACGCUCAAGAGAACAUCGUCUGGGAGCUCAUCCAGUUCAAGGACAACCAGCGCACCCUGGAUGUGCUGGCCAACAAGCCCCUCAACAUCCUGUGUCUCAUCGACGAGGAGAGCCACUUCCCAAAGGGUACAGACGCCACCAUGUUGGUUAAGAUCGGCAGCAACCACGACAAGGGGGACGUGUACUUACCUCCGAAGAACGACCACGACACAACAUUUGGGAUCCAGCAUUUUGCCGGCGUGGUGCAUUACGAAUCCAAAGGGUUCCUGGAGAAGAACAGGGAUGCCCUCAGCGCCAACCUCAUCCAACUGGUGGAUACGUCCUCUAACAAGCUCCUGAAACAGGCCUUCAAGAACGAGCUGACCUCCAGCACCAUCAUCAACACCACCAAUCCCAAGAUGAUGAUCACACCCAAGAACUCUCUCAGGCAAGCAGCAGAUAAGAAGCGUGUUCUUACGUUGAGUGGUCAGUUCCGUCAGUCUCUGGACGCUCUGAUGAAGACCCUGACAUCCUGCCAGCCGUACUUCGUCCGCUGCAUCAAACCCAACGACUUCAAGAAACCCAUGCUGUUCGACCGGGAGCUGUGUAUCCGGCAGCUCCGCUACUCUGGUAUGAUGGAGACCAUCAGGAUCAGGAAGGCGGGUUACCCCAUCCGCUACACCUUCGACGAGUUCAUGGAGCGCUACCGCGUCCUGCUCCAAACCUCCGUCUGCGAGCCCAGAACGCAAACCACACAGAGGUGCUGUGAGAGUAUCUGUGAGAAUAUCCUGAUGGAGGGAGACUGGAAGACUGGCAAGACCAAGAUCUUCCUCAAGGACUUCCAUGACACCAUGCUGGAGGUGGAGAGAAUGAAGGAGUUGAACAAGAAAGCUCUCCUGAUCCAGAAGGUUCUUCGUGGAUACAAGUUCAGGAAGAACUUCCUGAGGAAGAAGGCGUCUGCUCUGGUUAUUCAGAAACACUGGAGAGGACACCAGGGCAGGAAGCUGUACAGAGUGGUGCAGCUGGGCUUCUCCCGCCUGCAGGCGCGGGUGCGAGCACGGCAGCUGCGGCACAGGUACGAGCAGCAGAGGGUUGCGGUGGUGGUGCUGCAGGCGCGGGCGCGGGGCUGCCUGGCCAGGAGGGCGUGGAGGCGGCAGAGGCAGGCGGUGGUGCUGCUGCAGGCUCACACCAGAGGCAUGCUGGCCCGCAAGACCGCAGAGAGGAUGAAGAGAGACGCCUUCCUGUCUGCCAAGGAGCGGAGAGACGAGGAGCUGGCCAAGAUGGAGCGGCAGAGACGCCUGGAGGAAGUACUGAGGCAGAAACACAAAGCCUCCAGCCAAUCAGAAUCCAUCACGGACCAGGAAAUGGUGGACGACGUCUUUGGCUUCCUGCCCGAAAUGGUCGGAGGGCAGGAGGGCCAGGCGCCCGUGGGCUUUGAGGACCUGGAGAGUCAGAAGAAGAAGGUGGUGGUGGAGGAGGUGGAUCUGGACGACUUGCCCCUGGUGGAAGAGCUUCCAGAGGAGGACUAUGAUGACCUGGACGAGUACUCCUUCUCCAAGUUUGCCUCCAUGUACUUCCAGGGCGCGGCCACGCCCGCACACAUCCGCCAGAGGCUGCGGCAGCCCCUGCUGUACCACGAGGACGAGGGGGACGUCCUGGCCUCUGUGACGGUGUGGUGGAUCAUCCUAAGGUUCAUGGGAGACCUCCCGGAACCCAAGCCCCAGAAGCAGGGCCCAUCCCGGGGCCUGAGCCAGGUCGACCGCUCCCUGCCGCAGGACCUGGUCUCCAGGCAGGACCGCAGGCUCAGUCACAUGGUGGGCCUCGACCAGAGAGUUCUGAGGGGCCAGAAAAACAGAAAAGUUUCCACUGUCCCAGAGGAGACGACUCCUAAAACCAGAAAGUCUUCCACCUUCACAGACCUCCUGACCCGGAACAGGAAGGCCUCAGCCAUGCCCGACGAGGUCAUCCUCAACAGGAAGUCCUCCUCAACACCAGAGGCCCCCAGAACCAGGAAGUCUUCCACCUUCACAGACCUCCUGACCCGGAACAGGAAGGCCUCCGCUAUUCCAGAACCCCCUUCUGGAAAGAGGAAACCCUCUGUGAUACAGGAAGAGGACCAGGCUGAAGCUCCCAGACCCCCCACCAUGCAGACGCUGAGUGAGGAAGACGAGAUCCUGAUUGGCGAGGGACCCACCCUGGAUCGUCCAAUGACGUCUCUCGAAAAACUGCACAUCAUUGUUGGUUACGCUAUCGUGAGGCGUGACCUCAGAGAUGAGAUCUACUGCCAGAUCUGCAAGCAGCUGCAGGAGAACUCGAACCGUAACAGCUUCUUCAGGGGCUGGAUCCUGCUGUCGCUGUGUCUGGGGAUCUUCCCGCCCACAGAGAGGUUCAUCAAGUUCCUCCAGAGCUUCAUCCGUUUGGGGCCUGCGGGCUACGCCCCCUACUGUGCUGACAGGCUGAAGCGCACCGUGCUGAACGGAGUACGAGCAGAACCUCCCAGCUGGCUGGAACUACAGGCGACCAAGUCUAAGAAGCCCAUGGCCGUGUCGGUGACCCUGAUGGACGGCCAGACCCUCAGCCUCCCUGUAGACUCCGCCUCCAGCUCCCAGGAGAUGUGCCAGGUCCUCUCCCAGAAGGUCAAGCUCAAGGACGGCUUCGGCUUCUCUCUCUACGUGGCCCUGUACGAGAAAGUGUGGUCGCUGGGCAGUGGGCGUGAGCAUGUGAUGGAUGCCAUCUCUCAGUGUGAGCAGGAAGUGAAGAGGCAGGGUGGGCAGGAGCAGCAUGCACCGUGGAGACUCUACUUCAGGAAGGAGAUCUUCACGCCGUGGCACGACUGCAGCCAGGACGCUGUGAGCACCAACCUGGUCUACCGGCAGGUCAUCAGGGGCCUGCGCUUCGGGGAGUACCGCUGUGAGAAGGAGGAUGACUUCAUCCAGCUGGCUGCUAAGCACUUCUAUGUCUCGUACGGCUCAGACACCAGCCCAGAGAAUGCCAAGGCCGUAAUUCAGGACUGUGUCAACUGCUCCGUGCAGGAGGCCAAGUCUGAGGCCAAGUGGGUUCAGAUGGUCACCACCGCCCACGCCCAGGGUCCGUACAUCAGCUCCAAAAAGACUGCAGCCAGCGUGAAGGCCGAGGUGGUGGACCACGCCCGCCAGAAGUGGCCCAUGUUCUUCUCCAGGUUCUUCGAGGUUGCCAAGACCUCAGGCCCUCCUCUGCCCAAGAACAAGUUCAUUGUGGCCGUUAACUGGACGGGCAUCACCUUCCUGGACGAGAAGGAGAGGAGACUGCUGCAGCUGUCCUACCCAGAGGUCACCGGGGUCACUGUGAGGGAAGCCAAGGUCUUCGGUCAGUCCGUGUCCCUGCUGACCCUGAAGGGAGACUUCACCCUGAGCGGCCCACUGGCGGGGGGCAUCGCUGAGCUGGUGCAAAUGUUCCUGGAGGGCCUGAGAGAUCGCUCCUGCUACGCCGUUGCUCUGCAGGACUCCAGCAGCCAAGAUGACCCUACGUUCCUGAACUUCAAGAAGGGAGAGUUGAUUGUCAUCAUCCAGGACGAGGAGUUCCCUCUCGCGCUGGGCUGGAUGAAGGGUCGAAAUGAGCGCACCUCCAAGUCAGGGGCGGUGCCCGCUGACUCUGUCCUGAUCCUGCCCACCCUCACCAAACCCUCCAAUGAAGUCAUGAACCUGUACAGCCUGUCUCCUGACCAGAGGCGCAGCGCCACGCAGGCCACGCUGAGAGAGACAGGCACCAUGGAGAGGAUGGCCCCCGCCAGCCUCAAGGACUUCUCCCUCGAGUACUUCAGGUACACCUGAGGCAUACCGGGGGGGGGGGGAGGGGUUCGAACUUCGAGACAAUCAAGAGAGUGAAGCUGUGUCAACACUAGACGUGUUGUACUGUGUGUG